AUGGCAAACCAGGCCGAGGAGCUCGAGCUCAAGCAAAAGGCUGAGAUCGCCGAGUAUGUUACAGAAGACCGCUCUCCAGAGGCAAUCGAGUUCGCAAAGAAGGAGGCCAAAUUGCGGCGCAAGCUCGAUCUGUACAUCGCCCCGGUGAUGAUGCUUCUCAUGCUCAUCAGCUAUCUUGAUCGUGGAAACAUUGGAUUCGCAGCUACCCAAGGCAUGGCUGAUGAUAUCGGCCUACAUGGUAAUCAGCUCAAUACUGCGGUUUCCAUCUUCUAUUGUACCUAUGUGCUAGCCGAGCUACCGACCUCGUUAUUCGUAAAGCGACUUCAAUUCCAUCGAGUUAUCCCUAUCAUCACCUUCUGCUGGGGGCUUGUGUGUAUGAGUAUGGGAUUCAUUCAGAACUUUGCCGGUCUUUGUGUCUGCAGAAUCCUGCUGGGAUGGUUUGAAGGCUGUCUGUUUCCGUCCAUGACCCUUUUCUUGGCCAACUGGUACAGACGAGAAGAAUUGGCCCAGAGAAUAUCGUACCUCUUCAUCGCCUCUGCUUUGUCUGGCGCUUUUGGCGGUCUUAUCGCCUUUGGCAUUCUGUACAUGGAUGGCGUCGCUAAUUACCCCGGCUGGCGAUGGCUGUAUAUUUUGGAGGGCCUCAUCACCCUCGUCUGGGCGGGCAUGUGCGUAUACCUGGUGCCCAAGAACUACCAGACUGCCUACUUCCUCAAUGAGGAAGAGAAGAAAAUCAUGGCUGUCCGUGCCGAGCUCUCAGAGUCCUACUCCGGAGGCGACGGCCACUACAAAGUCAAGGACCUCAAACUGGCCUGGAAGGACAUGAAGACUUGGUUGCACGGAGUCAGUCAAAUUGCCGUCGUCACGAUUUUGUAUGGGUUUGGUACUUUCUUGCCCAUCAUCAUCAAGAACGGAUUGCACUACUCGACCAAACAAGCUCAGUAUCUUGUCAUCCCAGUCAAUCUCUGGGGCGCGAUCGUUUACGCCGUCGGCGCCGUCAUCUCUGACAAAUACCACAAGAGGUUCCUGAUCAUGGUGGUGUGUGCUCCCGUCGGUAUUGCGGGAUACGCCAUUCUUUUGAAAAUGGACGACGUGUCCGUGGGAGUUCAAUAUUUCGCCACUUAUCUGAUCGCCACCGCUUGCUUCCUCUGCACAGGAGGUAACAUUGCCUGGCUGUCUGGCAAUGUGGCACCAGACGGAAAGCGAGCUGCAAGUUUGGGUACCCAACUCACCCUCACAAACCUGGGCGGAAUCAUCUCUGGCCAAAUCUACGCCUCCACAGACGCACCCAGAUUUAUCCUCGGGCACGCCUGGUCCCUGGGUAGUUUGGCUUUCGCCUUCAUCGUAUUCAUCAUUCUACGGGUGCUCUACGAGAGGCGUGAGGCCGAGAAGGCGGAACUACGCGCCCAGGGUGUGGUUACUCCACCCGAGGAGUUCACGGACAGAUCGCCCGAGUUCAAGUAUCAGUUCUAG